AUGUUUGAUCCUCUUGACCUCUACAGUCCUGAUGAUAUUCAAAUUGUGCCUGUACAGUUUAAUCUUGUAGGAAGAGAGCAAAAAAAGCAUACCUCAGGGCGACAACAUGACGAAUCACUCGCAAACGAAGAUGAAAAAGAAAGUGAUGAUGAUGAUAGCGUUAUUGACAAUCUGGAUCUACCUUCCGUAAAGUAUGCAUCUCCAGAAGUUAUUUUAUGUACAUUGAUUCUUUUAAGGCCGGAUAGGCAAGUAAACUUCAAUCAGGAAACAGAGAAGAAUAAAUCUGUGCUAGAGGUAUGCAAAAGUCGUGGGCUGCAACCCGAUCUGCUAAAAAAACUUUUGAGUUGGUAUGCGGAUGAAUGGCCCAAUAAGAGGUUAAACUCGUUGGAGAAAAUAUGUAAUAAGAUUCCGAUGCUGAGACAUAUGAUAUCCAAGGAACUAUUAUUAGGCUACUAUACUAGCGUAUUGAAAAAAUACAACAACAAUAGCGGCUUUGAUAAUGAAACUAUACAAAAACUUCUCAAGGAACUAAGUUCAAGAAUAUCUGAAAACUGUGGGAGAACAGCUCAACCUUCCACAAUAAGAUAUUUUGAAUUAAGGAAUCUCAGGAAUGCUAUUCCGCUUUAUGAACCUUCUUUAACAGCAGAUAAUCUUGGUUGGAAAACAUGGGGGUCAUCCUUAAUACUUUCACAAUUGGUCGUAGAUCGCCUACACACUGCAGACAUGGAUUUUGUGGCGAACCGCGGCACCAAACGUAUUAAGGUGUUGGAACUAGGAUCGGGCACCGGUUUAGUAGGACUUUCAUGGGCCUCAAAAUGGAAAGAACUUUAUGGAAUUGACAACACAGAAAUAUUUGUUACAGAUUUACCUGAUAUUGUAACAAAUUUGAAAAAAAAUGUAUCGCUAAAUAACUUACAAGAUUUUGUUCAAGCAGAAAUAUUAGACUGGACAAAUCCGCAGAGUUUCAUUGAUAGAUUUGGUUAUGAGAAUGAGUUCGAUAUUAUAUUGAUAGCAGAUCCAAUAUAUUCGCCUCAACAUCCAGAAUGGGUGGUUAACAUGAUAUCGAGGUUUUUGGCGCCAUCAGGAACAUGCCAUUUGGAAAUACCUUUAAGGGCAAAGUACGCUAAAGAAAGAGAACUUUUAAGAUUAUUACUUCAAGAUAAUGAUCUCAUGGUUGUCAAAGAGGAAUAUUCAGAGGGCAUAGAUGAUUGGGGCGUUGUUGAGUAUUUAUAUAGGCAAAUCAUUCGCAACUAG